UAAUGGACAAUUAGGUAGGUAACCUAGAAAUAGAUAAUUUAGGUAAUACUGAAAUCAAUUUAGAAUUCUAUGUACAUUGUUUACAUGAUGUACGUACGGGUCUAUUCAAAUUCAGUUCAGAUAAUAUAAAUACGGCAUAGUUCGUAUGUUAAUGUUAGGAUGCUGUACAGUAUAAGGCAGUAUAAGGCUGUCAUAAUCGAUAAUGUUUAACACACAGUAAUGAAACAACAAAUCGUGCGGAGCAGUAUACUUUUAUUAAUAAAGGAACGCCAGCAUAAAAUGUGCCACCUGUUGCGUCAAAACAACUUUUAUAAAAAAAACUUUAUUAAAGUUUGAAAACUAAAAUAGAAAAAUGUAAUAAUUUUUAAGAAAAUGUCUAUGCAUAACAUAGAAAUCGCUGUUACAGUGGGCGCACUUACUGCAAUAUUUCUCGGAUCGUUUAUUAUUUUAAUUUUAAUAUGUAGACGUUCAAAACUUAAUUAUAAAUCACAUAAAUGUAAUUUGGAUAAAUUGGAUGAAAGACCUGAUAUACAUUUGAUUGAUGAUGAAAGACCUGAUUUGGAAUUAGGUGAGGUUCGUUUACGCCCCGAUUUGGAACAAAUUCUUGCCGAUGAACAAUGGGUAGAUGAUGCUACUGGCUUAGCACCACAUUGUUUAGCAGUAUUAAAAAUAUGCCAUAAUCUUACUGAACGAUUAACUGCAAUCACUAUGGGCCCUUUGCAAUCAGAACGAUCCAGUUAUGAAAUUGUUGAAAUUGCACGUAGAAUUUCAUUACGAGUUGAUGACGUUGUACAAAGCAUGUAUCCACCAUUGGAUGCCCGUUUGUUAGAAGCACGAGCAGUAGCUCUUGCCUUAGCAGUUACACAGUUAGCAUUAAUAGCACGGUACAAUUGUAAUCCACACAGAUCGUAUUCACUUUCGUGGAUUGAUGCAGGUUUAUCUCAAAUGGAUUCCCAUUUGAUCGUUCUUCGAGAAGCAGCCUUGGCACAUGAAGCAUCAUGUCGCAUUCAAAAUUAUAUGAAUUAUACAAAUAAUACUCGUUUAUAAUAUGUUUUGUUAAUUAUCGUACUUGUUUAUGAAAUCUCAAAUAAUUAUAAUAUAU